AUGGCAUGCUCCCAGAUAGGUGCAGCACUACAAUACCCUACAUGGACCAGCCGACAUCGUUGCCUCGGACGCAAAGUCCUCAACCAAGAAUUGUGGACAAAGUUAAAGGACAAGAAGACGUCCUUGACUGACUUCACCAUUAACGACGUGGUUCGGAGUGGAGUGCAAGUCCCCAGCAGCAGGGUGGGGGUUUAUGCGGGAGACGAGGAAUGCUACCGUCUGUACAGCAACAUCUUCGAGCCUCUUAUCAAGGAAUGCCAUGGAAUCGAUGAGAUACCUGAACACGUCUCCAACCUGAAUCCUCGAUGUUUGACAUCCAUGAUCGAGAACAAAGAACCAAUCCUGUCUACAAGGUGUAGGGUGGUCAGAAACCUGGCUAAUUACGGCUUUCCGGCAGGAAUCUCUCGAGACAACCGUCUGGAGGUAGAGGGUGUCUUGGUGACUGUACUGGACGACCUUGAAGGUGACCUUGCCGGAGACUAUUACCCAUACGCGUCCUUGACAAGUCUGGAAAAAGAGAACCUGGUUAUGAGUGGAUAUCUAUUUCAGGAGAAUGACCUGUAUCAGACGGCUGCAGGGAUACGUCGACACUGGCCGGAAGGGCGUGGCAUCUUCUACAACAAAGCCAAAACGUUUUCGGUGUGGGUAAACGAGGAGGAUCAUCUUAGGAUCAUCUCUAUGCAGAAAGGAGCUGAUGUUCAGCAGGUGUUCGAUCGUCUGUCUCGUAGCAUCAACGCCAUCAACAAGGCUCUGCUGAAGCAUGCGCAGACUGAGUUUGCGUUUCACAAGCAGUAUGGCUACCUGUCCAGCUGCCCAACAAACCUCGGCACGGGCAUGCGCGCUAGCGUCCACGUGACAGUACCCAGUUCACUUAGCGAUGUCCAGUUGAAGAACGCAUGUCGUCAGCUUGGGUUGGACGUUAGGGGCCGACAUGGAGAAACCUCUGAGGCUAAAGGAGGAGUUUUUGACUUGUCCAACCGCCAGCGACUGGGUCGUACCGAGGUCGAGUUGCUGCAAACACUGGUUGACGGCAUCAACUCACUCUAUAACACAUCGGCACACUUAUAA